GUUGCUCACUGAUAAAUACAAGAGAAAUAUGCACAUCAAUUCAUUGGAUCCUUUCUGUUCUCCGACUUCGAUAUUUCUCACCCUUUUCUACUCUAUCUCGAAAAAAUAAUUAGGACUAAUUCAGUCACGUUUUUACGUCCCAUCGAACAUUGCGAUCAACUCGAUAUAUAUUAGUUCGCUAAUUUAUCUUAGACAUCUUGUCAUCAUUUUUUCUCAUCUUGAGGGAGUAGGGGUACUGGAUUUUUUAGAGCAUUCAUCGUAUAUUUUCUUAACGAAAUGGCAGCGAUCACAAUGGAUCAAGAAACUACCCGAUGCACGGCUCGUGCAUGGUGCUGGUUUAAGGCCAUACCUGAGAAAUUUGUGUCGAAAAUAAUGGAUGCAGCCAGUGAGGGAAAGAAACUUGGAGUUGAAGAUCCAAGAAGAAUUAUUCACUCACUGAAAGUAGGAUUGGCAAUAAGUUUAGUUUCACUGUUCUAUUACUUUGAUCCCUUGUAUGAAGGCUUUGGCGUGUCGGCAAUGUGGGCUGUCAUGACCGUGGUUGUCGUCUUCGAAUUUUCCGUAGGGGCUACUCUGGGACGAGGCGUAAAUCGAGGGAUUGCAACAUUGUUCGCUGGUUCACUAGGUGUUGGAGCACAUCGGUUAGCAAGUUUUCCCGGGGAGAAAAUAGAACCGAUACUGCUUGGGUUAUCUGUUUUUUCAGUAGCUGCAGCAGUAACAUUUAUUCGAUUCUAUCCCAAAUUGAAGGCAAGAUAUGAUUAUGGACUUCUGAUAUUCAUCUUGACGUUCUGUUUAAUAUCUGUCUCCGGGUACCGGGACGAUGAGGUUCUGGAAAUGGCACAUGAGAGAUUGUCUACGAUACUCAUCGGCGGCGCUGCUGCAUUGAUAGUUUGCGUUUUGAUAUGCCCCAUAUGGGCUGGUGAAGAUCUUCAUAAUCUAGUUGCUGGCAACAUUGAAAAUUUGGGAACUUUCUUGGAAGGUUUCGGAUGUGAAUACUUCCAAACAUUAGAUGACAAACUUCAAGAUCAGAAAGCAUCUCUGGAUGGCUAUAAAAGUGUUCUUAAUUCCAAAAGCACCGAAGAAUCCCUGGCGAACUUUGCAAAAUGGGAGCCUCGCCACGGCCGAUUCCGAUACCGGCACCCUUGGGAUCAGUACCUGAAAAUUGGGAUGCUUGUGCGAGAAUGUGCUUAUCGCGUUGAUGCUUUGAGUGGCUAUCUUAACUCGGAGAUGAAGACACCACCAGAAGUCAGAGUCAAAAUUCAAGAAUUAUGCACAAAGAUGAGUUCAGAAUCCAGUCUUGCUUUGAAAGAACUAUCACUAGCAAUCAAGACAAUGAGUUCUUCAUCAAUUGCUGAUCCUCAUAUCGUCAAUGCAAAAACUGCAGCCAAGAAACUUAAAUCCUUGCUCAAAACAGACCUGUGGAAGGACACAAAUUUUCUUGAUAUAAUUCCUGCUGCUGCAGUUUCUUCUUUACUCAUAGAAAUUGUCUCAUGCACUGUGAAAAUUGCUGAUUCUGUUCAUGAACUUGCUUCCAUGGCAAAGUUCAAUAAUGAUGCUUUGAAGCAAAAAGAAAAGGGACAAGUAUUGAGAGUCCCAAGUAUUGAAGGAUCCCAUAACAUUGCUAUAAGUGUUGAGUGAUUACAAGUUGAAGGAGUCGAGCAUGUUGGACUGUGCUUUAAAGUGGCAUAAAUUAUUAUUAUUAUUAUUAUUAUUAUUAUUAUUAUUAUUAUUAUUAUUAUUAUUAUUUACUUUUGAAGUACGUAGAUAUGGAUGGUUUGUAGCGAUCCAUUUGAUGCAAAAAUUUUGAGUUGGGAUAUGUUAAGAGCGAGUAGGUUCUAUUCACUAUGACUAACAAUUGUUCCGUAUCGAUCUCGUAUACGAAUAUAAUAACAACACUUUUUGUCUUUCACAAGCUGAAUGGAA